AAACAAGGGUUUAAUUCCAAAACAGCCAGCCUUUGUAUUUUGAUUUUUAACAUUUUAAUUGGCUGGCAUAGCUAAACACUUUCAUUUUAUGUUUAUUGUAUGCCUGUUGAAUGUUGCAGUGAAUUCUUCUCAUCACAGAUUUACUGAUGUCUCAAAAGAGCUCAGUGCUACCUGUGCAAUUCUUAAAUGGAAGAUCUUCAGCUGACUCUUUGCUAGCUGGAUUAGUGAGCUUUGCUUGAAGCAGUGUGAAGCUUGCUAGAGACUGCUGAAGGGAACCUGCUUGGUUAGCCUUGAAAUCACACAAUCUCAGGCUUAGUUGUUUUGUAGUUACAGGUAAAUAAUAGUUUACCUUGAAGUGUCGUGUCAGGCAUUGCUCAUCUACCUUCUGUAAAUGAUGUAAAACUGAAGUCCACGUGACUAGAGAAGCAAGUGUCCUCAAGCUGUAGGUGUUGGCUGUUGAAAGUUACCGAACAGUGAAUUGCAGGGCAGCUUGUAAGUGUGGGAGGAAGGAGCAGAGACACGAUGAGUUUUGCUUUUUACCUAACGCAGUUGUGGGUGUUCCCGUUCUCAUGGAAUGUAGGUUUCAGACCUUGAAUUCAGAGUCUGGCUUGGGCUGGUAUUUAAGGGUGAUGGGCUUUAGAUGCUGGAGUUUGCAAGUUCUGGUGAGCAGAUUGCUAUGUUUGAGGUUCUCCAAGCUCCCAUCUCCGAAGGUGCAGCAGGCUGUUUAGCUGGAAUGACUUUGGAAGUGACUUGGAGGAGCUUGCCCCUUAGCAGGCUGCUCCAUGACAGUAGUGCUGUAUUCUGACACCAGAGGUGUUGGACAUGGAGUGCACCACUGUGUCCUGAAGCCCUCACUGUUGCACCUUAUGCACUUGGCUUUUAUGGUCAAGGGCUCUUCUUGGAGCAGCAGGAUUUGUGUACUUUAUCAGCCUCUUUGGCUUGUCAGUUUCCACAGACAUUUAAAAUUGGUAUUUGCCUUCCAAGAUAAGCAUCAUUUUCCACUAAGCUUUGUAGGAAUUAAGGGGGAGGGUAUUGGAUACAAACUUUGGUGAUGGCAUUUUAAAUUUGCUUCUCAUGCAUGCAUGUCUAAGCUAUUUUGGUUCUGUGUUUGGUUUGUACUCGUUUGUCAAAAUCACAGAGGAUUAGCUGUAGCAGCAGGAUGAAAUGAUUAACAUCAUAAGUGGGGCAUAGUUCUAAACUUUUGAACUUACUUUCAACUAUUUGGAAUAAUAAGACUGGACAGCAUUACCGUGGUCUUGUUUAAGAGCUGUGCUUCCAGAGACACCACAUUGCAACACUUUCCAAUUUAUUUAGAAGAAGUGUUUUUAAGGUCACUAUGCCAACAGUAGUUGGUUAUAAAUGCAUAUUUGGAAGCCCUGUGUGGGCUGGGAAGAGAGAGGGAAGUCUUGGUCAGGGUUCCCAGAAAUGACUGAAAAUGAAGCUGAGUUUGUACAGGAAGAAGAUAACCUUUUUUUGGUUUGGUUUUAGUGUUUGGAAGCAGGACAAAUAAACUAAGGUGUAACCUGCUUGUUUGUUGCACUCAGUGCAGUGGGGGUUUUCAUGCUCAUCUGAAGCUUGGAGAAACACAGCCCAGACACUUCACAGACCUUGGUACCUGCUGCUGAAGUUUGCUUCCUGUCCGUAUGGCUGCCCUGUUUUUGCACAAUCCUGACGAAAGAGGGAGAUCUGUGAAUUGGGAAAAGCUGAAGAACUGCCUGUUGAGCAUCUCCAGUCCUGAGCUGAAACAUGAAGCAUGUUCCUUACAGGGUUUGAAGUCACCAGUUUUGACUUGCCCUGGAAGGGGUUUUACACUCUUAACCCAUAAGCUGUAACCAGUUCUCCCUCCUUUACAGCCACAAACCUUUACUGCUGGUUCCCUGCCAAAAGCCCUGAGAAAAUCUCCUGUUGUCUCCUAGAGAAGCAGCAAGGAAGCUGCCUUCUGAGCUGUUGGCUUCAUCUUUUUUAGCAUAUUGGCAGCACCAGGAUUUGAGGUUCCCUGAGCACUGUGUAAGCAGUGUUAGGUAGGGAAGGUCAGUGAAAAGGCAGGAGGGACUGGGAAAGGGGAGGAGGAACCAUUGUCAGUGCAGAGGCUGCACGGGAUGGGAACAUUGCUCCCGCCAGCAGCAGCCGUACAGCUUAGGAACCCAGAAAAAUAAAAAAAGCAGCUGCAGGUGCCCUCAGGAUGCCAUCCCUGCCACUGUCACAGGAACAAGCCACCUAUUGUCCCCCCAGAAGUACUGCUGUUGAACAUUGCAGAGCUUGGACCAGGGAGAUGUGUCAGGCAGCAGUAUGGCAUACCUGGCACUGAGCAGUGUUGCUGUGGGAAAGGGGGUAGUGGUGGGCUGUAGGGAUAGUGGUGUAGGCCAUCUGCAGAGGUGGGUGACAAAGUACAGCCUGGCGCUUCCAAGUGGGGCCCACAGAGCACAGAAAGGCCCUUGGGAAUAGCGUUGAGGACCCACACAUCCCAGUGGUGCUUAGUCUGCAGAAUGGGAACAGCCAAUCUGAGCCCCAACUGCUUCAGUUUACUGAGCUGCUCCUGUUGCACCUGGGUAGGUGUUGACGGAGACAUAGUCCAUCACACCCUGGACAUUAAUUCCUCCACAGGGCAUCCUACUUGGGCUUGGGUAAUGUUAUCUCUCUGCUUGACCACCCCAUGUGCCUUUGGGGGUGCUCCCAGCAGCAGGCAAGGCAGCUUGAGUUGUACAGGUGCCCAGAAAGAGGCAGCUUCUCAAGGUUUGAGAAGGGUGGCUGUUUAAUAUUGCUUUCACAGCUCAGCACCUGGGAAUCAUCUGCCCGGAACGGACUUGUUUCAGUAGCAUUCUUUCAGAGGCACACUGAAUGUACUCUGAUAGCUCUUUUGUAAAGAAAUGUAUAAAAAUAGCUGCUGCCGGCACUGUGAGUGAGGUCGCAGACAAGCAAUCUCUUGACAAUAGGAGCAGAUGACAAUAACAGGAACCUCUGGAAACCAAGAGCUUUUGGUGAUACAAGAGAAAUCUUGUUUCUUAAAAGAGCUUUGUGGCAUCAUGGGGAGUAAAGUAGAAAUUUCAGGGGCAAUAGGUUUUGGAAGUUAAAAGAUGCCCUGGAAGUUAAAAGAAACCCAUAGGGGUUCUUAGGCACUAGAAUAGCACAAAUAAUCAACAGUGCUUCUUCCACCAUGCUUUUCUGCAGGUACUGCUUUAAGUGAUGUUACUUAGUAUUGUCUUAACUCAGCUGCCUGUGUGUGAGCAUCCAGGGUCACUUGGGCUGUCUAAGCAUCAGCCUGCACCUGGGGCCCAGCAGCUCUCACAGUGGCUCCAUCCCUCUGUGCCAUGAAAUCAGUCCAUUCGAGUACCAUCCACUGUCCUCUUCCAUGUUGUGUCCUGCUGGCAUGUGCUAUCUCCCUGAUAAAAAUUAAAGCAGCCUCUGAAUAGAUUUUUUUUUCUCUUUUAAGCACUUAAAAUUGCAAGGCAGUACACAGCAGAAGCGAGAGCCAGGGCAAUGGUUUGUGGAGACUGAAACAUCUGCACAGCUGCUUGCAGCCAUGAUCGUGCGGUUCCUGACCAAGCGCUUCAUCGGCGACUACGAGCCCAACACAGGCAACCUCUACUCCCGGCUGGUCCAUCUGGACGGGGACCACGUUGCCGUACAGAUCCAAGACACGCCGGGAUGCAUCCAGGUGCAGGAAGACUGCGUGCAGGUGCUGGACUCCCUGUCCAGGUGCGUGAAGUGGGCAGAGGGCUUCCUGCUGGUCUAUUCCAUCACGGACUACAGCAGCUACCAGUCAGUCCAGCCCCUCUACCAGCAUAUACGCAAGGUGCACCCCGAUGCCAGGACUCCCAUCAUUAUUGUGGGGAACAAAGCAGACCUCCUCCAUGCCAGGCAAGUACAGGCAAAAGAGGGACUACAGCUAGCAAAUGAACUGGGCAGCCUGUUCUUGGAAAUCUCCACCAGUGAGGACUCCCAAGGUGUCUGUGAUGUCUUCCAGUAUCUUUGCAAGGAGGUCAGCAAACUACAGCAUGCUGGCAGCACGGACAGGAGGCGGUCAUCCAUCAUCCCUCGGCCCAAAUCUCCCAACAUGCAAGAUCUAAAGAGACGUUUCAAACAGGCUUUAUCUUCCAAAGUCAAGUAAACCUCCCAAUGAGAUCCCAUGGGACUCAAUAGAAUUUAUUUUUGUAAACUAGUUAAUAAAAAUCUUUAUUUUUGUACUAAUGCCAGCAGUGUAGAAGUAAGUGUGUCAAAGCUUGUAAUUUCCUUGCUGUUCUUUCAUUUGACUAGUUGGGUUAUUUUUGGGGGAAAAAAAAAAAAAGCUGCAUAGCAACAUAGCAACUAAAUAGAGGUAGUUGGAAAGGGGACUUUUGCCCAAAGGCUUUGAUUAAAUUUCUUUUUUCUGGGGACUGGGAUUUUCUGUAUUAAGCUACUCAUAUGAUUUUCUUUGGGGGCCUCGAUUUCCUGUUUGUAAAAUGGGAGUGUUAAUGAUGUAAAUCAUUACCUGCCUUUAUACAAUGCUUGGAAAGCCCAUGGUGGAAAACUUUGUAGGAAACAAAAAAGAGCUCUAUUAAAUAUGAAAAUA